AUGGCCUGGCGAGGCUGGCCUGCACAGUGCCUGUGGGUCGCCAGCUGCGGGCUGCUGCUGCUUGCCCUCGUCCUGCUCCUGAGCCCCCGCAGCUGCCGUGCGCGGCGCACCCUCCGCGGCCUGUUCAUGGCGCGCAGCAAGCGGCUGCUCUUCCGAAUCGGGUACAGCCUGUACACCCGCACCUGGCUCGGGUACCUCUUCUACCGACAGCAGCUGCGCAGGGCUCGGAAUCGCUACCCCAAAGGCCAUUCCAGAACACAGCCCCGCCUCUUCAACGGAGUGAAGGUGCUUCCCAUCCCUGUCCUCUCCGACAACUACAGCUACCUCAUCAUCGACACCCAGGCCCGGCUGGCUGUGGCUGUGGACCCUUCGGACCCUCAAGCUGUGCAGGCUUCCAUCGAAAAGGAAGGUGUUACCUUGGUUGCCAUUCUCUGCACCCACAAGCACUGGGACCACAGUGGAGGAAACCGUGACCUCAGCCGGCGGCACCAGGACUGUCGGGUGUACGGGAGCCCUCAGGAUGGCAUUCCCCACCUCACCCAUCCCCUGUGCCAUCAAGAUGUGGUUAGCGUGGGACGGCUUCAGAUCCGGGCUCUAGCCACCCCUGGCCACACACAAGGCCACCUGGUCUACCUGUUGGAUGGGGAGCCCUACAAGGGUCCCUCCUGCCUCUUUUCAGGGGACCUGCUCUUCCUCUCUGGCUGUGGACGGACCUUUGAGGGCACUGCAGAGACCAUGCUGAGCUCGCUGGACACUGUGCUGGGCCUGGAAGAUGACACUCUGCUGUGGCCUGGCCAUGAGUACGCGGAGGAGAACCUGGGCUUCGCAGGUGUGGUGGAGCCUGAGAACCUGGCCCGGGAGAGGAAGAUGCAGUGGGUGCAGAGGCAGCGGAUGGAGCGCAAGAGCACGUGCCCGUCCACGCUGGGAGAGGAGCGCUCCUACAACCCGUUCCUGAGGACCCACUGCCUGGUGCUGCAGGAGACCGUGGGGCCGGGCCCAGGCCCCACUGAGGACGAUAGCUACUCCCGGGCCCAGCUCCUGGAGAAGCUCCGCCGGCUGAAGGACCUGCACAAGAGCAAGUGAUGCCCCCAGCCCACCCCAGCCCACCGCAUGGUGGGGAGGCCCUUCAUCGCCCACACACACCAUUCCGCUCAUUGCUACCAACACUACCUCCAUCAGCGCCAAUAGUGGGCAUCAUUCCCCGACACCUGUCAUGGGGAGAGGAGGGGCCAGGUGGGGAGACCUUGGGGCCUAGAGAAAGGGGGCUGCUCAAAGGCUUGGAGUUUCCAUGAGGCGAAGCGGAGCUACCAAGGGUAACAGGAAAGGAGGGGCCUUGGGACAUCUUCAGACCCACGGAAGGCCCCUCUCUCCCCCUGUUCCUGCGAUGGCAAUGCGGACAUGGAGGCUGCUACCUGCCUUCCCUUGGGAGGCCUCGCUCCCACUGUAGCCACCAAACCCAGGGGCAGCAGGAGCCAUGGACAGGCUGAGUCCCUCUUCCCCCUUCUAUUCAGUGUUGGGAAAGAAACUCAGUCUCCCCCAGUGGCAUGAGGAGAGAUGCUUUGGAAAAGUGGUCACUCAGAGAGGCCCAUGGGCUCUGUUUCACUGAGACACUGCCCCCCCCAAACCUCCCCACCUGCUCCAAAACUGCUCCCGCUAAAGCAUUUUUCAAACAGAGCCAUUUCUGAGAAAUAUGAAAGGGCUGGAAGUCUGGCUGGCCAAUCUCUGCCUCAGUGACUUCCCUGCUGCCUGGAAGAGGGAGGGUCUUGGUUGCCAAGGGAACCUUGACCUCAGGCUGAGGAGACACCAGAGGCUGCUGCAUUGCAGCCAUCAGUGUUGUAGGUCACAUGGGCUCCCUGCACAGCUGGCCUGGUCCUGUCUGCUGGCCUCUGCCCCUGCCCUGCCUACGGGGCCCCUCCGCUCCAGGGGAGAGAGCCAUCGUCCCCUAUGGCCACUGCAGUGUUCUUGUUAUGGCCCUUAUUCUUAGGAACUUCUGCCUCCUCUAACUUCUGCUUUAUCCUCAACCCCUUUCCUGUUUUAGUCAUUAACGACGUUCAUGUGGCCCCUUGCAGUUUGCCAAGAGCAUUGUGUGUCAUUUCUCAUUUGAUCCCUGGGCCCAUCCUGGCUAGGGAAGGGGGUCUGUGAGGCAGAGUUCAGAAAUCAGAAGCCUGGGAGCAGAGACAUCUCAAGAGAGUGGCAGCUUCCAGGACCCCAGGCCUGGGCCCUUUCCCUCUGUCCAGCCCUCCCUCAGCUCAGCUUCUCCUCUGGUCUUGGGUCCAGGUCCCUUUGGGGCCACAGUGAGGAACCCUAUGGUCCUCAUAAAAGCAUACCUUGGGUCAGGCAGGGGCCUACUCUUCCCUCAGGCUCUGCUCACCUCUGGCGAGUCUCCAAGAUGCCCUCUGCCCUCAGUUUCCCCUCAUCAUCCUGCCUCUGCCUCCCUCUCUGGCCACAGCCUCUGGUACCAACUCUAGCAAUACUUCCGGAAUAGUUAGAGUUCCCUGCACCCCAAGACAUGCAGUUCCCUGCCUCUGUGCCUUCGCUCAUGCUGUUUCUUCAAACUGGAAUGCCUUUCCCCUGCUCCUCCUGCCUUGUCUGCCUGGCAAACACCUGUUCAUCCUUCACAAUCCCCCUCAAAGGCCCCCUCCUCCAGGAAGACAACCCCCAUGCCUCUCCCCCUCCGGGCUACCUCUGCUCUUUGUAAAUGCUUCUCUUGUGGCACUUAUCACUCUGUAUUUUACUUGUUUACAUGUUUGUCUCCCCUUCCAGACUGUGAACCCUUCAGGGCAUGGACUGUAUCUUAUGCAUCUCUGUAUUUCUGCGCCUAGCACGGUGCCUGGCACACAGUAGGCGCUCAAUAAAUGUUA